GGUCAUCGUACAUAACUAUUCACAAAAGCAGCGGCCGAUCACACCGUUGACGCGUCAGUGCCGUAGCGUUGCCUUCCUUUCUGUUCUCCGCGCCCGCACAGAGAAAUACAGAGAAAUAUAUAUAUAUAUUUGUUCAUCUACGCAUGUCCCGCUUUUACACCGCCAUGGAGGUGCGAGAGCACGCCUACGACGAUGACGCGUACGUCUCCCUCAACGGCAAGAUUCUCGACCUCACCUCGUUGAUUCGCGCCUACAGGGCGAAUCCCCGCGUUGCGCCGCUGACGAAGCCCCUCAUUCAGGUCGCCGGCACCGACAUCUCGCACUGGUGGGACGCGGAGACGGACGAUUUUAAAACCUGCGUAGACGUGAAUAGCGGCAUGCGAACCUAUGCCAUGCCGCUGGGCCGCGUGCCGCACAUGCCCACCAUCUACCCUGACUCUAAGAUCGAUUUGAGCUACGAGACGCCGUGGUGGAAGGACCCGAGCUACGUCGUUGGGGCCCUGACCAGCCGCACGCGUCGCAUUCGCCUCGUGAACACCCUUACUGGGGACGAGACAACGCUGGAGGUGUGUGCGGAGGAGACGUUAGAGCAGCUCCUGCAGGAGCGCUACCUGCCCGUCAACGCACACGCGCGGAGCUACACGUGGGUGCGGCUGGACCCGGAGCCGCGGGAGCUAGACAUGUCCCUCACGCUAGAGCAAAACGGCAUUGUCGACGAGGCGGACUCUUUUGAGUCGUUAGGGCUGAAUGCGGAUUACUACGUCCCUGCUAUUCACCUGUACUACAACGACGACCUCACCGAGGCGUAA